AUGUAUAGUCCUGUUCUCCAUGGUGACAUCAAACCGGCUAACAUACUGCUAGACGAAAAUUUUACACCGAAGAUAUCAAAUUUUGGAAUUGCAAGACUCCUUUGUGCUAAUGGCCUCCAGCAAACUUCCACUGUCAUUGGUUCCAUUGGUUACCUUGAUCUAGCAUACUGUGAGAGUGGAAAUCUAACCCCAAAUAGCGAUGUUUACAGCUUUGGAAUGGUUUUGCUGGAACUAAUCACAAGGAAAAAGGCAGUGGAUGGGACCAUUACCCUUGCUCAAAGUUUUAAUGAUGCUCUUACAAAAGGGGAGGAUGUGCAGCACAUGUUUGAUGAGGAAAUCAGUGUUGCAGAAAACAAGAAGUUUCUUGCAGACAUUGGACAGUUAGCAGCUAAAUACUUGCAGAGGGACGUGAAAACACGUCCUGAAAUUGUUGAAGUAGCUACUAGUCUAAGGAUGAUCAGGAAAGCCAUGCAGAGAGAGCUGGAUGUACUGUUAGCAGCAUACCAAUUUGGAGAUCUAAAAAUUUUCAGUAAAACUCAAAUGAAAAAAAUGACAAGAAACUACCGCAUGGCCUUUGGGAAAUCGAUGCGUGAAUGUCUCUACAAUGGAGUCCUCCGCAUGAAUUGUCCAAUUAUAGUAAGACUACUUAAGACAAGUUCAGAAACUGACAGAGAGAUAUUUCUGAACACAAUGAGCAUAUUGAGUCAAAAGAAUCACAAAAAUGUUGCGAAUGUUGUUGGCUUCCACUUAGGGGCAUCUAGUUUAGAAAACCUUUAUGACACUAUCUGCUCCAUGGAAAAACUUCCUCUUCAACAAUGCCUGUUGAUAGCAGUCCAGUGUGCAGAGGGCCUGGUUCAUAUCCAUUCAUUAGCAGCUGAAAAUCCUGAUUCAUGUGGCACCAGCCUCUUAGGAAACUUCAGAUCUGCCAAUAUAUUUCUGGACAAGAACUUUGUGCCAAAAAUCUUCAAUGUGAACUUGUCAACAUUUCUUGGACUUUCUGUUGCACAGAAAAAUAUUGUGUUUCCUAUUCAUGACAAUGGACCAGAAAAGUAUUAUUCAGACCCAAGGGAUGUUUCUGGUCAACUUUUUAACCAAAAAUCUGAUGUAUAUAGCUUUGGAGUUGUUCUUUUAGAGCUCAUCACUUGGAAGACAGUGAGAUACAUGUACCAUGGUAGGGCUCAUGUGCUUACCACAGACUUCCUUGAUUCUUAUAGGAGAGACCGUAAUGCAAUUGGAAUUUUUGGCAAGGUUUGUGAUUAUUCUGAUGAACAUGGAGGGUACUUUGUUCAUGAGGCCAUUUCCAUUGCCAUCGAUUGCUUACAACCUGAUAUUCAAAUGAGGCCAGAAAUGGAUCAUUUACUUUUCCGUCUCCGGAUCAUUGUUGCUAGAAGCAAACUUGCUGCUGGUAGUAAACUUCAUCCAACUCUCAUAUCAACCAUUUCCAUGGAGGAACUGAAUGAAGUUCCGACCAUUUUAAGAAUGUGUUACCAUGACAAUGUUGUGCAAUUUCUUGGAUGUUUUCUUGAAGGGAAAACUCGUGUUCUUGCUUAUGAGUACGCCCCAAAGGUCUCCUUGCAUGAUAUUCUUCACGGUAAACAGGGCGUCAAGGGAGCCCGACCAGGACCACCUUUAUCAUGGUUGCAGCGUGUGAAGAUUGCUCUAGCCCCUAACAGGUUUGAUGGGUACUAUGACACUGUUUGGCCUUUUAUCAAGGAUGGCUGGGAAGUACCACCUGAGUGCUCAAUGGGUGGGCAGUAUAGCACAAAGAGCGAUGUCUUCAGCUUCGGGAUUGUACUGUUGGAGCUUUUAACUGGUCGCAAAGCUAUACCAAGGCUUAGUGAAGACAAGUUGAAACGGUGCAUAGAAGGCUUGGAGGAGGGUACCCACUAA